GGUUGCACAUGUCGAGGUUCGCAAGACUUGCUCAGGCGUAGAACAACCGCUAUUGCUUUUUUAUGUGUUUUCCUUUUACGUUCUACUAACCCAUAACAGCAACAAUGUCUUGUUCUGUCGCUUCUCCUGAAUAUCUUAAUGAACUUCUCAGCGACAAAACAACGGUAUCGAAAAUGCCCAAGAUAUUUCUUCACGCCGAAAGAUUGCUGGAUCAAGAAAUAAGCAGAGUUAGAAAUGAGCUCUUUCAUGGAGUGAUCAAGAAUGAAGCAGAUGGAGUGUUUGGGGAACUUCAACUUCCAGCUUCAUCAGGGCCAAGAGUGAAAUUGUCAGAAAAGGUUUAUGCACCAGUCAAAGAAUAUCCAAAGUUUAAUUUUGUUGGUAGGGUAAUUGGCCCACGGGGAAUGACUUUAAGAGAAGUGGAGUCUUCAACUGGAUGCAAACUGUUAGUCAGAGGAAAAGGUUCCAUGAAAGAUAAAAAAUUGGAAGAAGAGAAACGUGGCCAACCAAACUAUGAACAUUUAGAGGAGGAUCUGCAUGUGCUUAUAUCAGUGGAAGAUACAGAGGAGAGAGCAAAGUUAAGACUUGCAAAAGCUGUUGAAAGAGCCAAAGAUCUUCUUCAACCUGUGGAUGAGGGAGAAGAUGAAUUAAAAAAGAAACAGUUGAAAGACCUGGCAUUAAUGAAUGGCACUUUGAGAGAACAAGCAGGAUGCUUUUUUUCACCGGAAGAUACUAUUUGUGUAGGCAAUACUCCGGUUAUACACAAUGGUCUUCUUGGUAUGCCUCUUCCACCUGCCUUAGCCGGAUAUGGAUUUGCAAGACCUCCUGUUCCAAGUGCAUACCCUGCAAGCCUUUCAGGACUGGAACUUGCUUCAUAUACAACCAGACCAGGAACUAUAUUUGACUAUGGAUUGGAAACUUCCAUCCUUGGUGCAGUUAAACCACGGAGACCAAUACGGGAACAUCCUUACCAAAGAUAAGGUUCAAAAUGGAAAAUUGUUGCAAUCAUCCGCUGUGAAGAGGAAGUUUUUACAUUUCCUGAAAUUGAAAUGAACUAUUUGUAUAGUUUAUUGAUUAAUUCAAUAGCUUUAUUCAACGACCGCAGAAUUCUACUGGUUUAGGCCUCUGGAUACUUAUUAACGUUUUAACGGUCAAAGAAAUAUAGCGAAGUAUUGGCAAUAAUGUGUUUAGAGGUUGAUUAAGAUUAUUAGAUUGGCAGUGCAACUUGCUGAUGUGAAUCACAUCUCUUUUCUCAUUCUUUGCUCCCCUGUUCAGAGGUAAGGAAAAAGUGCCACCCUUUACCAUCAAACGCAGACGAAUUUACUUUAUGUUCUGAAUGAAAAUAUAUUUUUUGAUUUAAAAUAAAAGGGUGAACGGGCGGUUGUCUUCUGAUAGGUUACAACCACUCCAAAUACUGCUCAAAGUCAAGCUUUGAAUUGCGGUAAGUUGUGAUUCAACAUUACACGAGUUAGCUGUGCGCCGCAUGUAAACCGGCAGCAGAUCUUAUGUCUGUUCUGCCGAUUUUUAGAAAGUUUAAAUUUCACUGUGGCACUUUCGGGCUGAUAGUCAGAAACUCAAACAACCUAACUGAAGAGUUUAAACUUUCCUUUGAUAUUUUAUUCCACAUGAGCUCAAAGGGUUCUCAAAGGAGUUAUGUCACAAUGUUUUUAUUCGUUUGUUUUGACGUAAGAAAGUGUCGUCAAGGGUAGCAAAGGCCAUGAUUAAGGAAAUUGGUUUGAUUGCCGAAAACAGCAAAUAGGAAAAAGAUAGAAUAGUGAUGCGUAAGAACUUGAAAUUUUUUUAGGCGUGACGUGUCUCCUUUAAGAACCCCUCGGGAGGUGAUCCCAACUGGUCUGGAGCUAUCUUUAGAGAAUUUCUGGAAGUCUUGGAUUCUUUGAGCAACUUGUAGUGUGGUGAUGGUCACGAAUGUCAUAUUCUGACUGGUAAAACAGUCACGUUUAAACAAAUGAUCUUGUGAUUGAAAUCAAUAUUUUGUCUUAUUUUAACUUACUUAAAACUUCUUUAGAUUUGCGAAUAACACCGGCAAAAUAACUUGUAUUUUCAUGAUGCACUUUACCAAAACGUAAAUAACUACAUACGCUUGUGAUUUUAUCAUUCAUUAACACACUGAUAGUUUAUCAUAUUGAUCACGGAGAGAUAUUUUUACAGAAAAAAAUAAUAUAUCCAUUCCAAAAGAAUCGUAAUAAAAUAUUUUGACCUGUCCCACU